CCCUCCCGCCGCCCCCGACACGACGCCUCGCCGGCUCCUCGCGGGCUCCGGGAGGACCAUGCGCCCGCCCGCGCGCUGGCUGUGGGUGCUGGCCGGAGCCCUCGCCUGUGCCCGGGGCCCCGCGGGCAGCCGGGCGGCCAUGCUGCAGCAAGAAUGUGACUACUUACAGAUGAUGGAGGACCAGCAAAGGCAGUGCCUGGAGGAGGCCCAGCUGGAGAAUGAAACAACAGGCUGUGGCAAGAUGUGGGACAACCUUACCUGCUGGCCAGCCACCCCUCGGGGUCAGUCGGUUGUUUUGGCCUGCCCCCUUAUCUUCAAACUCUUCUCCCCGAUUCAAGGUCGCAACGUGAGCCGCAGCUGCACGGACGGAGGCUGGACACAGCUGGAGCCCGGCCCCUACUCGCUUGCCUGUGGCCUGGACGACAAAGCGGCGAGUCUGGAUGAGCAGCAACAAACAAUGUUCUACAACUCGGUGAAGACCGGCUACACCAUUGGCUACAGCCUGUCCCUGGCCACCCUCCUGGUUGCCAUGGCCAUCUUGACACUAUUCAGGAAACUUCACUGCACCCGAAACUAUAUCCAUAUGCACCUCUUCAUGUCCUUCAUCCUGAGGGCGGCCGCUGUCUUCAUCAAAGACCUGGCUCUCUUUCACAGCGGGGAGUCAGACCACUGCUCCCAGGGAUCAGUGGGCUGUAAAGCGGCAGUGGUCUUCUUCCAGUACUGCGUCAUGGCUAACUUCUUCUGGCUGCUGGUUGAAGGCCUCUAUCUGCACACCCUGCUCGCUGUCUCCUUCUUCUCUGAGCGGAAGUACUUCUGGGGGUACAUAGUCAUCGGCUGGGGAGCGCCCAGUACCUUCAUCAUGAUCUGGACCAUCAUCAGAAUCCACUUUGAGGACCAUGGGUGCUGGGACACGAUUAACUCCUCCCUCUGGUGGAUCAUCAAAGCCCCAAUCCUCACUUCUAUCCUGGUGAACUUCAUCCUGUUUAUCUGCAUCAUCCGAAUCCUGGUUCAGAAACUGCGGCCCCCCGACAUUGGAAAGAAUGACAGCAGCCCAUAUUCGAGGUUGGCCAAGUCCACAUUGCUGCUGAUCCCCCUGUUUGGAGUCCAUUACAUCAUGUUCGCCUUCUUCCCCGACAACUUCAAAGCGGAAGUGAAAAUGGUCUUUGAGCUGGUGGUGGGGUCUUUCCAGGGUUUUGUGGUAGCCAUUCUCUACUGCUUUCUCAAUGGUGAGGUGCAGGCGGAGCUGCGGCGGAAGUGGAGGCGCUGGCGCUUCCAGGGGCUGCUGGGGUGGCACCCGAAGCACCCGCCUGCGUGGGGCGGCAGCACGGGCGCCACGUGCAGCACGCAGGUCUCCAUGCUGACGCGGGUCAGCCCCGGCGCGCGCCGCUCCUCCAGUUUCCAGGCCGAGGCCUCCCUGGUCUGACCCUCGGCGGCGCCCCCUCCGCGUGGCCCCGGCCCCGGGCUGGGAGCCCGCCCCGACUGCCUUAACCACAG